GGCCUAUCAGAGGGGAGAGGAGGAAAGGAAACAAGGAAGCGCGCCGCGUCUCCUCGUCUCGCGACUGUCCUCGCGCGGUCCGGUGCUUGAGCCGCUCUCUCGGAUGCGAGGACGAUGGUUCGAGCCCGCCUGGUUCCCGCUCGGCCUUUGUCCUUCCUGCUGCUCCUCGCUUCCUCGGCUUGGGCCGGCGCUACAGCAGGGGCGGCCGGUCUCAGCGGGGAGCGGAAGCCCAACGUGGUGCUGGUUCUGACAGAUGACCAGGACGUCUCCCUGGGAGGGAUGACACCUUUGAAAAAGACCAAUGCUCUUAUUGCAGAAAUGGGCCUAACUUUCUCAAAUGCAUAUGUACCCAGUGCACUGUGUUGUCCUAGUAGAGCCAGCAUCUUGACAGGAAAAUAUCCACAUAAUCAUCAUGUUGUAAAUAAUACUUUGGAAGGAAAUUGCAGCAGCAAAUCCUGGCAGAAGAUUCAGGAGCCAUAUACCUUUCCAGCUCUACUCAGGUCUGAAUGUGGCUAUCAAACAUUUUUUGCUGGAAAAUAUUUGAAUGAGUAUGGAGCAGAGGAUGCAGGAGGACUUGGCCAUGUUCCUCCUGGAUGGAGUUUUUGGUAUGCCUUGGAAAAAAACUCCAAAUAUUAUAACUACACACUUUCAGUAAAUGGAAAAGCGCGUAGGCAUGGUGCAAACUACAGCAUGGAUUAUCUGACAGAUGUACUGGCUAAUAUGUCCUUGGAUUUUCUGGAGUAUAAAUCCAGCUUUGAGCCAUUUUUCAUGAUGAUAGCAACUCCAGCACCACACUCACCUUGGAUAGCUGCUCCGCAGUAUAAGAAGAGUUUUGAGAAUGUCAGUGCUCCAAGAAAUAACAACUUCAAUAUCCAUGGAAAGGACAAACAUUGGCUUAUCAGACAAGCAAAGACUCCAAUGACUAAUUUAUCAAUACAAUUUCUAGAUGAUGCUUUUAGGAAAAGAUGGCAAACACUUCUGUCAGUGGAUGAUCUAAUAGAAAAACUUGUGAAGAAGCUGCAGUUUCAGAGAGAGCUGGAUAAUACAUAUAUUUUUUACACAUCAGACAAUGGAUUUCAUACAGGCCAGUUUUCUUUGCCUAUUGACAAACGGCAGCUGUAUGAAUUUGAUAUUAAAGUUCCAUUGCUUGUUCGAGGGCCAGGAAUAAAACCCAACCAGACAAACAAGAUGCUUGUGGUGAACAUUGAUUUAGGUCCUACUAUAUUAGAUAUUGCAGGCUAUGAUCUCAAUAAAACCCAGAUGGAUGGAAUGUCAUUGUUACCAUUGUUGAGAGGAGAAAUAAACAGGACCUGGAGAUCAGAUGUUUUGGUUGAAUACCAAGGAGAAGGACAUAACAGCAGUGAUCCUACUUGUCCUGCCCUUGGGCCUGGUGUUACUCACUGUUUUCCAGACUGUGUUUGUGAGGAUGCCUAUAACAAUACUUACGCAUGUGUACGGACACUAUCAACUAAAUGGAAUCUGCAAUACUGUGAAUUUGAUGACCAUGAGGUGUUUGUUGAAGUUUACAACCUGACUGCAGACCCACACCAGAUUACUAAUAUUGCAAAAACAAUAGAUCAAGAAAUUUUAGAAAAAAUGAAUUAUCGGCUAAUGAUGCUACAGUCCUGUGCUGGAGCAACGUGUCACACACCAGGAGUUUUUGAUCCAGGGUAUAAAUUCAACCCACACCUGAUGUUUGGCAACCAAGAGCUUCAGACUCGCAGACUUCUUGUACCAUCCCUGUAGCUGAACUUGCUAGCUUGUUUGUUGCCAACUCAACUUCUUUGAAAUGACUGCAGAAAACUAUUUAGUCCUUUCUGAUGUCGAAAUAUUAGAUCAGCUGAUCUUGCUGGUUAAACAAUCUCUUGCCAUGUGUUAGUGACGUGAUCUGCCCUGUCUACUCAAAUCUGAUUGCCACACAAAUGUUUCAUCUGAAGUUAAAUAUUAAUUUGGGAUUUGAAUCUGAAUGUCCUUGUUUGGUCUUAUUAUAUACACAGAGGAUAGGACUGCUGUCUCCUAUGUACAACCACUACCUAACAGCUUUUUAAAAGAUACAGUGUGCGUCCCACUACUGCUUCCGUUCUGAAUCUGAUGAAUUAAAUUAAGGUUAGUUGCCAUUUGUUUUCUUUCCUGUUUUUCAGGGUUCACUUGGAUCACUGGCUACAAUCUAUGUGUCUGAUAUUAUAUGUUUGUUCUUACCUACAGAAUCCGCUCAAUAUUUUAAGUCAGAAUCAACCCAUUAAAAUGAGAAACCUCCCUUCCCCAACUGUGUUUUCUGCUUGACGUGUACACUAAAAUAGUAGAAGUCCUACAAUAAAGUUACUGGUAUAAGGCAUACCACUCUGAAUAUUUAAACUAGAACUUGGGCCAACAGUUUGAAGAACAGGUAUCCUUAGAGGUAAUAACUAAAAUGAAAAUUGCAUUACAUCAAUGCAGAAAUUCCUUUUAGGACAGGCUUUUUCACUGAUGCAUUUGCAUCUAAAUCUCAGCAGGAUGGCUAUUACAUGCACAUUUGUAUUCUACACUUGUAAUGCAAUGUAUUACAAUUGCACUGGGUAGUUCUUAAGAAAAUGCCUCCACAAAAGCUAGUCACUGCGUAAGAAUAGGAGCUUUCUGAAUAGAAUUCUUGCAAAUCACAUGGAACCUAUGCUGGGCAAAGCAGAGUCAAAGGCUAGCUGUUUCUCAAAAGAAAACUUGCAUCUUUAUGACAAUAUAUUAAAAAAGUGGAUAGAUAAUUUGAAAUAAGAUAGCUUCAUUAUAUAACUUAUGAAAGCUGUUAUGAUAGCUUCUGUCUGAAGGGAGUAAGCAAAUAGCAAGAUAACAGCAAAUGAUUCUGAAAUAGACUAUGGAACAUUUGAUCAGAAGUGCAGCUCCUCCUCUAAGUGCCAUUUAUCUCCAUGCUUAUUUUGGGGUGAAUCUUGUGAUUUGGUUUAUUGCAGCUGAACAUGUUCAAGCUUUUGAAAUUAUAUCUUUCAUCAGUUUAGAGCUCGUUAAGGAUCUAAAUCAAACAAUAUAUGGGAAGCAGACCUGAUGUUAUAUCCAAUUUUAUGCCUUAAGAUAUAAUAACUAAAAAAUGAAGGUAGCAUUACUCAUAUACAACCUGUCCCCAGGUUAUUUCAUCAUAUAGAAGUGUCAACUAUGACUAGGUCUGGACCUAACGGCUGAAUGGUUCUGAAAUCAUAUUACAAUUAAUGCUUUUAAAGUUUCAACAGCUUUUAAUAUUCUCAAGAAAAUGAUUUAAUUUCUCAUGUGACUGAUACCUAACAUACACUUGAAGUACUUCUGACUUAUGCCUAGCAAAAUAUUUAAGAUUAUUUUUAUGCCUGGGUCAGAACAUAGUUGUAAUAUUAUGUCUUCCCUUCAUACUAUACUACUAAUCAUGUAAAAUCAGUGCAGAACCUAGAACAGACAGAAAUUCAGUAUUGAACUGUUCCUUACAUUAGUCUUGUUUUUCUUAUGUACAACUAUUAUUCACCUGUAUAUUUUUUACAUUUGGUUAAUGCGCCCAUAAACUACUUCUAAAUUAGUAGUGUAAGCAGAAAACAGGAGUUAGGCAUAGAAUUAACAUAUUGAGAAAUAUUUAUAGUUUUGCUUUCCUAUUAAAUGGUUUUACCUUACAACACUGAUCAAUUUGCACUCAAAUGUUUUGAGCUUGAAUGAGAAAUAGCAUUAUUUCCCUGUAAUAGCUACUCAACAUUUAUCUUCCUGUGCCCUUGAUUUAAUCAUUUUAACAAAAAGCAAAAAUUAUAACAGAGUGCAUUGUUUUGGCAGUUGUCUAUCCAUGCCUUAUUGUAAAAUUACUAUGCUGCUGUUGGGUACUAAAAUGGGCAUAACAUUCCUACAUAAAAGGGAGCUGGGGAAAUACAUGACAAAAAGCCAUUCUUUGGAGAUUUUUUUCCUCUGGCAAACUGGUAUUAUAACACAAUUGUUUGAA